AUGACAACACAGAACGGUGUUAACUAUAGCCAACGAGAGGUUGUUCAUCGUAUGCCGGAUUGGGUCGCCAACCGCCGGGCGUCUGUAAACAGAGGUCACGUUGCCCCUCCUCUCACAGCGGAUGGCAUGAAUCCUCGCAAGGCUUCCUUUUCUGGAUCGAAUGGGGAAAAGCAGGGAGCGGUGUACAACAACUAUACCGAGAGAGUUUCUUCCAGGAGUGGUGGCGACAGGAUUUUCUCUUUUGAUAACCGCAGUACUUCUCGUCGUGAAUCGGGUACAAACGUUUCCGUACGGUCUCUUCAACCAGUUGCCGGGAGAACGGCCGUUACCCACACGAUCCGGUUCCGCGGGGCACGUUGGUCGCAAGCUCUCUCUAAUAUGUCUGUGGCUCUGGAGCGAGCCAUCAAGGAAGAUGUGGCUGCCUGUUGCGGCAUUUCAUCGGAGCGCAUUGGCCAGAUGAAGAUGAAAUUCACCGAUCGACUUGUGGUUACAUUUGUUUUGGAUCAUUCUCACGAUCCCAGUGAGGAAAGCCGGUUCCACAACCAGCUGAAGGUGUACAAUUUCUGGCGUACCGUUGCCCUUUAUCCACGGAAAUAA